AUCCUAAUCCGCCGCGUCUCCGGGUGUCAAAUCGGCUUGCUUCCGCAGAACGGAAUGAUUACUAGCGCUGCCACAUGGGUGCUUCUCGGAGUUCCGUCUAUACGUCGCGGUACAGCAUCGGUGGAGACUGUCACCGUUCAUGCCCGUACAGCCACCUAAACCUGUUUCCUGAUUGCUAUUCUGAUACUGAUACCGUUAUAUAUGGCCGCUCUCGCUGCAGUACUAUUUAGAAGAUGUCGGAAUACAACAAGGUGAAGCAGGUAUUACCCUUCAAUAGUUUGCAUCUUGGCAUUUUAAUCAGCAUUGCCUGUUGUCCGUCCGUUGCAACAGUCGUUCAGCCUUUAGAAGCCCACCAUCUGCCCACCCUUGUAGCUCCCGCUAGCGAGAGGUUGGAGUAAUCGAAUGACCCAUCGUUGACAUUGCCUUCAGCCAGCCCUGGUGGCGUUUCCGAAAUAUAGUGGUCAGAUUGGCUCGCAGGAUGUUUGAUCCUGUUGUGGUAGAUAAGUAUCCAGUCCGUAGCUUCUCGACUUUACUCACAGAAAGAACACACCCCGUCUAUAACAAUACUGCAAAUUAUCAGCCAACUGGUCCUGUCGUAGUCUGCAUGUGCAACGGUGUGAGGU